CCUCCUCCUCGCCGGCCCUCCCUUCCCACGCCCCAGCGCGCUGUGGGAUAGUGGUACUAUAAAGUAUAUCCUCUCCCGGAGAGAGAUAAGAAGCCCGAGACCAGGAGGGGGAUGAAGAUGGCGGACGCCAAGCAGAAGAGGAACGAGCAGCUGAAGCGGUGGCUGGGCUCGGAGACGGACCGGGAGCCGCCGGCGCUGAAGAAGAAGAAGACGAAGGUGAAGUUCGACGACGGCGCCGUGUUCCUGGCCGCCUGCUCCAGCGGCGACACCGAGGAGGUGCUGCGAAUGCUGGACCGCGGCGCCGACAUCAACUACGCCAACGUCGACGGGCUCACCGCCCUGCACCAGGCGUGCAUAGACGACAAUGUUGACAUGGUUACAUUCCUGGUGGAGCACGGAGCCAGCAUCAACCAGCCCGACAACGAGGGCUGGAUCCCCCUGCACGCCGCAGCGUCCUGCGGAUACCUGGACAUAGCAGAGUAUCUCAUUAGUCAGGGUGCCAACGUGGGAGUUGUGAAUAGCGAGGGCGAGACACCUCUGGACAUCGCUGAAGAGGAGCCAAUGGAGGAGCUGCUGCAGAACGAGAUCAACCGACAAGGGCUGGACAUCGAGGCGGCCCGGAAAGAGGAGGAGCGGAUCAUGCUGCGGGACGCCCGGCAGUGGCUCAACAGCGGCCAGAUCCAGGACAUCCGGCACGCCAAGUCCGGAGGAACGGCGCUGCACGUGGCCGCGGCCAAGGGAUACGUGGAGGUUUUAAAGCUUUUAAUCCAAACAGGGUAUGAUGUAAAUAUUAAGGACUAUGAUGGCUGGACUCCUCUACACGCAGCUUCACACUGGGGCAAAGAGGAGGCCUGUCGGAUCCUGGUAGAGAAUCUAUGUGACAUGGACCUCAUUAAUAAAAUGGGCCAGACGCCUUUUGAUGUAGCAGACGAAGACGUUCUGGGUUAUUUAGAAGAGCUACAAAAGAAACAAAACCUGCUAAUGAGUGAGAAGAAAGAUGUUAAGAAAUCUCCCUUGAUUGAAACGACAACCACAGGGGAUAACAACCAAUCGCUGAAACCACUCAAGAGCAAAGAAACGCUGCUCCUGGAGCCAGAGAAGAGCAUCGCCCCACGCAUCGAGACCUUAGAGCCAGAGAAGGUGGAUGAAGUGGAGGAGGGGAAGAAGGACGAGUCAAGCUGCUCCAGCGAGGAAGAGGAGGAGGAAGAUUCGGAGUCGGAGACGGAAGCAGACAAGAGCAAGCCUUCAGCGUCGGUGAGCAACAGCACCACGCCCGUCCCCACCACCGUCACCGUGUCUCCGGCGAGCCCGACCAACCAGGUGACAGCCCCCACUUCACCGGUGAAGAAGGUCGCUCAGCCUGCCGCGAAGGUCUCCGCUAAAGUUGAGGAGGAGAGGAAGGACGAGAGUCCGGCGUCUUGGCGCCUGGGCUUGAGGAAGACGGGCAGCUACGGGGCGCUGGCGGAGAUCACGGCCACCAAGGAGGCGCAGCGGGAGAAGGACACAACCGGGGUGAUGCGCUCAGCCUCGAGCCCUCGUCUCUCCUCGUCCCUGGACAACAAGGACAAAGAGAAGGAAAAGGACAAAGGAACACGACUUGCCUACGUGGCCCCGACCAUCCCCAGGAGACUGGCCAGUACUUCAGACAUCGACGAGAAGGAAAACAGGGACUCGACUCCUCUGAUACGCAGUGGCUCCUAUACCCGGCGACGCUGGGACGACGACCUGAAGAACAGCGAAGGAAGCGCCUCCACCAACCGAGCCCCCAGCUACCAGCGCAGCACGUCCCAUACGCUAGCACUAGGGAGGAGCGGCAGCACGCGGGACGUGCCAGCCAAGUCUUCGUCCACCUCCAACUUGGACCCUAACACCUGUAAUACUAAACCCUGGCAGCCACCCGCCUCCCACUACCAGUCUUACAGCAUUUACCGCAGCGGCUCUUUUGGCAGAAGACACGAGGACUUGAGCUCCUCGACCACGUCCUCCUCCACGACCACCACCACCUCCUCAUCUGUUACCUCGCCCACAGGCCACCGCGGCCUGCUCUCCAGCCUGGGCUCCUCCUCCACACGCACUGGCUCCACCAGUCUCACCAGCAGGUACUGGUCAGAGGAUAGUGCAGAGAGGGACAAGGAGAAGGAGUCUGCUGCGGUCAUCCCCACUAUGAACACUGGUUCCACUACGACCACCACCUCGACCACUACCAGCACCGCAUUAUCUACCACCGGCAUUGGCAUCGGCAUCGUCACCGGCUCUGAAAGACGCAGGUCAUACCUGACGCCAGUGAGAGACGAGGAGUCGGAGUCCCAGAGGAAAGCUCGCUCCCGACAGGCCCGACAGUCGAGAAGGUCCACUCAGGGCGUGACUCUGACUGACCUGCAAGAGGCCGAGAAGAUCGGCAGGAGUCGUCCCCCAAAGACCCGCGAGGAGGAGAAGGAGGAGAAGGAGAAGCAGGACAAAGAGAAGCAGCAGGAGGAGAAGAAGGAGACUGAGACCAGGGAGGACGAUUACCGAUCAAAGUACCGCAGCUUCGAAGAGCGUUACCGGCCCUCGUCCUCCUCCUCCACCUCGGCCAUUUCCUCGGUCAGCACUGCCUCCACCCCAUCCUACUCUAGCACCGCAUUGUCCUCCAGCUCCAGCUCCCUCAACAGGCCCAACAGUCUGACGGGGAUCACCUCCUCCUACAGCCGCUCCUCCAGAGACACGGAAAAGGAAGCGGACAAGAAGGAGGAGGAGAAGGAGGGCGAGGACAAGUCUCAGCCCCGCUCCAUACGGGAUCGCAGGCGGCCCCGCGAGAAGAGACGCUCCACCGGCGUCUCCUUCUGGACCCAAGAAGGCGAUGAAAACGACCCUGACCAGCAGUCCGACUCGGAGGAAGGCAGCACCAAGGGAGAGCCACAGAGUGACAGAUUGUCCAGGAACGAGAGCACUUCAUCCUUAGAUCGCAACGACGCUCUUUUCACCCGGAGCUACGGUGAGAGCCGACGGCCAUACUCUAGCCGACUGGAUCGAGACGACACCACAGACUAUAAAAAGCUCUACGAGCAGAUCUUAGCCGAGAACGAAAAGUUGAAGGCCCAGUUACGCGACACGGACCUGGAGCUGGCAGACUUGAAGCUACAACUAGAGAAGGCCACACAGAGGCAGGAACGCUAUGCUGAACGAUCACAGCUCGAGAUGGAGAAAAGGGUGACCAGCAGGCCCCAAUAUCACCUGGGUGCUGGAAAGAAGAGCUCUAGAAAGGAAGAUAUCUGAGAUGGAGGAGGAACUCAAGACGCUCCCAGACUUGAAAGCCGACAACCAGAGACUAAAGGACGAGAACGGAGCUCUCAUUCGAGUCAUUAGCAAACUCUCCAAGUAGAACAGAGCCCACCUCCACCACCACCACCACUUGCCCCCCGCCCCGUCGUCUUCUGCACCCCCCCCCCCCCCCCCCCCCCCCAGUCCCCCCCGUGGCAGUGACUAAUGGAAUUGCACAUUUAGAUAUUAAUUGCAACAGACAUCAGAGACAAGACUCCUUUUUUAUUUUCAUUUUUUUCCCCCUCCUCCUCUCAACUCUUUAUCUCCCCCUUUUUGCUCCUCCCCCUCCUCCACCACCACCACCGCAGCAUCCAUCCAUCCAUCCACCUCCCCGACUAUAAUCCACGUGGCUGCUGUCCUGAUAGAACCACUCAGAGUUUACAGAGCGAAACAGGAAGAAGGGUCGUUGUCGUCGUCGUCGUCGUCGUCGUUGUUGUUGUCGUCGUCGAUGUUGUUGUUGUUGUUGUUGUGAGCGGCAUGUAAAACAGCGUCGAGUGGGCCGGGGGGAAGCCUGAAAACUAUUUAACCAAUAAGCCUUAGAUGUACAUAAAGAGAAAAAAGAAAAACACUCGCAUCCAUCUCCUCUUCUUCUUCUCUUCUCCUCUUCUCUCACCGAACGACAGAUAUUAUCCAACACCUGAUUUUAUUUGUGCCACAAUCCCUCUCUUAUUCGAUGUUCAUUUUUCUUCUGGGUUCCUCUUCCUGUGUACGUGUUGUGUGCCGUGACGUUUCCUCCCUCCUCUCCUUCUUUGACCCCUUUAAAGUGCCACUGCUCCUUUGUAGUCUCUCAUCCAUUUCCUUUUCCUCCCCACACACAGAUCACACCAGUGCACACACUCGCCCACACCUUCUCCCCGAUGUUUUUUUUUUUUCUUCAUGGGACCUCUGUGUGUCUUCCUCCAAGAGGGAAAAAAUGUUUUUGAAUUCUCGCUUUAGCGACAUGAGGCGGACCUGGUGGAAUUUAAGCUUUCACUGUAUGUGCAAUAUGCAUUUCUUUAUUUUUUUUAUUUUUUUUCUUCUUCUCCUUUUUAAUGCUUUAAUGAUGAGUCCCAUCACAAAGUAGGAACUUUCACUCUUCCACCGCUUCCAUCGCUCACCCUCCUCCCCUCUUUUCGUUUUUGUUUUGUUCUUUUUGUUUUAAGUUUCGUAGCGUAGUCGGUUUAUACUCUGUAUUUCUCACGUUGUUUUAGCAGGUACUGAGUGAUGCUGUAUAUACCUGUAUGUAUUUUUUGUUUUGUUUGAGACCAGCACAUGGCAUGCGUUUAUGGUUCCCGUCUGUUACUAUUAAAAAGUAUACAAAUUCCAGAGGAGAAAAAGUUGUGUUUUUAAUUAUUACAAUUUUUUUCUUCUUUUUAUAGUCCGAAGACAUUGGACACGAGUGCAGUAGAGUACAGCCUCUCACACACACACACACACACACACACACACACGGGACGUCCCGGCAGUGUUCAGUGCUUUUCUUUUUCCAGUUUAAAAUAAGUGUUCACAUGAUGGUGAGAAUAAAGAAAAAAAGAAAUAAUCGCUUCACUACAUUUCAUCACAUUCAGUAUCUUGGAAGAGCGCUGUUCUUUUUUUUUUUUUUUUGCAUAUGUUUUUUUAAGCUGUAGUAUUAUAGCCAAGGUGUUGUCACUUAAAGAUAAUAAGAGAAUAUCUUAGGUAUCGCUAACCCAGUCCUUUAUUUUUUUUUUUACAAUGUCUACAUGCACUGUCGAUGCCAUGUGAGCGGUCUUGAUGUCAGGUUCAAGCAAACCAUCGCCACCGUCAAAUAUGCCGUUUAUCUGAAAACAUUUUAAGCAUUUCAGUGGCCUUUUAUGGAUAUUUUAGUAAAAGAAGUUUAAAAAAAAAAGAAAAAAGUCACUGCAGAUGGACUAAAUACCAUCGACUCUGGUUAAGACUUUCUUUUUUGUUUUUGUUUUUUCUGUUUGUUUUUUUUUCUCCCAUCAUCUUGUAAAAUAGGUGUGUGGCUUAAUACAUGCAAAGCUGUGCUGUGACUACCAACCACUGAAGAGUUCAUUAAAAAUAAACUUGUACAUUGUAAAGUU